GACUGCUGGAAAGUUACGAAUGGUAUUUACUCAUUUUGUAUUUUUGUCCUAAGUCACCAGUAAGGCCGAUAUCCAAAAAGGCAACUUAUCAUAUAAAACGCAUAUAUUAGUAAAGUUAGAAGCGAAACCUACGAACAUUUCACGUUGUUCAACUCAGAGUUGUCAAUAAAGUUUUGCUUUACAAAAUCAACAAACACGGCGUCAUGGCGGCGGCUCCUGUAGUGGACAGGUGGAGUUGGUUUCCAGCCUUAGCACUGGGAGUUUCCCUCUUCAAAUGUCUCUUCAUCAACGCAUAUCAUUCCACAGACUUCGAGGUGCACAGGAACUGGUUGGCCAUCACUCACAGUCUGCCGGUGUCCAGGUGGUACUACGAGAACACAUCAGAGUGGACCCUGGACUACCCGCCACUCUUUGCCUGGUUCGAGUUUGGUCUGUCCCACGUGGGUCAGCACUUUGACAGAAACAUGCUGGUGGUGGAGAAUCUAAACUAUGCCAGCACAUCCACUGUGCUCUUCCAGAGGUUGUCGGUCAUUGUCACUGACUUGCUGUUCAUCUUUUCUGUCAAAGAGUGUUGUAGGUGUGUUAAGGAUAAAAAAGGUUCUCUGAACAUUUUGGAGCAACCGUCCUUCAUUCUGACUGUCCUGCUGCUGUGGAAUUUUGGCCUCCUCAUUGUUGAUCAUAUUCACUUCCAGUAUAAUGGCUUCUUGUUUGGCUUCCUGCUGCUGUCGGUGGCCAAACACUUUCAGUCAAAGCACCUGCAGGGGGCGCUGCUCUUUUCUAUCUUGCUCAACCUGAAGCAUAUCUACCUGUACGUGAGCCCAGCUUAUGGAAUCUACUUGCUAAGGAGCUACUGCUUCACGCAGAACAACAAAGAUGGGUCUGUCAAGUGGAAGAGUUUAAGUGUGCUGCGUCUCCUGGCUCUGGGGAGCAUCGUGGUCUUUGUCUGUGUUCUGUCCUUCAGCCCGUUCAUUGCUAUGGGCCAGCUGCCUCAAAUCCUGUCCCGUCUUUUCCCGUUUAAAAGGGGCCUCUGUCAUGCCUACUGGGCCCCUAACAUCUGGGCCCUCUACAACCUGCUGGAUAAAAGCCUUGCUGUGCUUGGGGCCCGUCUGAAACUGCUUGAGGAGGCUAAGCUUCCUAGGGCCUCCAUGACUGGCGGAUUGGUUCAGGAGUUUGAACAUUCAGUCCUCCCCUCCAUCUCUCCCUCCAUCACAUUCAUCUGCACUCUGCUCGCCAUCCUGCCGGCUGUGGCUUCCCUGUGGCGUCGUCCAUGCGGUGCUUGGGGUUUCCUUCGCUGCCUGGUGCUUUGUGCUCUUGGCUCCUUCAUGUUUGGCUGGCACGUCCACGAGAAGGCUAUCCUCAUCCCCAUCCUGCCCCUCAGCCUCCUGGCAGUUCAGAGCAGAGAGGAUGCCAGCAUCUUUUUAGUUCUGGCCACCACUGGCCACUACUCCCUGUUCCCACUGCUUUUCACGCCUGCAGAGCUGCCCAUCAAAGCUGUUCUGAUGCUGAUUUUUACUAUCUACUCCUUCACUUCUCUGAGGAAACUCCACAGUGGACAGGCGUCUCUACUCCAUCCUCUAGAGGUUGUCUACCUGCUGGGAUUGGUUGCCAUGGCAGUCAUCUGUGAGAUCAUAUUUCCUUUGUCACCGUGGCAACAUAGGCUUCCUUUCCUCCCCCUGCUGGCGACCUCUGUGUACUGCUCUGUGGGCACCUGUUACUCCUUCCUGCGUAUGUAUGCCAUUCUGGUGAGGGAGCGGGAGAAGCCCAAACAGCUGUGAGACGCCAGACUAGAGAGCCACAGGUUAGAUUCACCGUGAAUGUGUGGAUAACAACGAACACUUGCUAUGUGCUGGUUCGCACAUUCUUAGCUACAACUGACUGCUCUACUGGACUGAGUAACUGAUGGAGCACUGAAAUGGAAAGUGUUUAUGUUUUCAGUUAUGUUGUAGGUCAGUGAUCUAAUCAGAUCAUUUCUCCUUCUGUCCAAUCCAGCAGCUUUUUAUUCAAAUGGUUUAACUGAAACUGGAGCCAGUGAAUUUUUAAAAUCCUUCAGGUACACAAAAUAGUCCAGCUGUGAUGGGGCCAAAACAAAAAUGAAAAUGAGAACAAAAAUCUUGUUUCCCUAUUUUCCGAGAUUCAUUUACGCUGUCUAAGCACUGAUGCUGCAUGAAAAAUACAUCUUUAUCAUCCAGAACCAACCAACUCAAAAAUACAGUGUGCAUAAAAGCACGAGAUUGUUUGCUGCUACUUUUGUUGAGAAGGUUUAUUGAUAAGGCAACACAAACUUGCAUUAGACUGAAAGUCUCUCUGACCUGCAGCGAACAGCUCUGACUCUUCACUCUGUUUGCAACUUUAAGGACAAAAUGGCAUCAUUUCCUUUAACCACCAUCAUGUCUGAGUUCACUAUUCACUAUACAGAUAUGUUCAACGUUUCUCCAUCACUGUAAAAAAAUAAAAAUAAAAUAAUUACACACACCAGUAAAUGCAACUUGCCGAGACGACACACUCGUCACAACUACUGUGUCUAAUUAGACAGUAAAUACACAAACGCACUGAAACGCUUCCAGUUACUUGUACAAUAUUGUCAAAACCAAACAAAUGACUGUUUGAACUUUCAGACAUGCAAUAAAACACAGUAAAGCACCAACAAA